AUGGCCAAGAACGCCCAAUGGGACGACCGCUCCAAAGUGGGUACAUGUAUAUGGUCCCAUCUCUACCAGAACAUUAGCAAUGAAUCCGUCUACAACUGUGUUUGGGACCAUGCGCCUCCAGGUCAGAGCGGAGGAGCUUAUCAUGAGAGUGAAAUCAACUAUGUCUCUAACGAUCUCUACGAUACUACAGACCUCCCAAAGACGGCGGAAGACUACAAGUUUGACAAGGCCAUGAACGGAUUCUGGAUCAAGUUCAUCGAGACCGGAAAUCCAGACGGGGACGGUCUAGUCCAGUGGGACGUCGGGGGCGACGAGAAGGUUGUCCAGAGAGUUGGGAUUGCCUUGGAAGCCGUUCUGAUCGCAACAUAUGCGAGAUUUGAACUGUUCGGAAAGUGGUUCGUAGCAGAGAACCAAACCUACCGGUGA